UGGAGUUUCCGAUCUCAAUGUCCGUCUCACACAGUUUUGGCUUUUGCUCAUCUUCUAUUUAUGUAUGCAAAAUAAAUUAACGUGUUAUUUGUAUUAUUAUACAAUUAAAAAUUUAUAAUUUUUUAUUGAUACGUUUAUUUCAAGUUGAUUUUGAAUUACCAAUAAUUAAGUGUGUCCUUAUUUAAUAUGGCAUUAGUUUCAAGACAAUUUCCUAACCUCAAUCGUAAUGUUAAUAGGAAGUCUAAUAAUCGCAGAAAAGUACAUUUAAUAUUCGAUGAAAAAGAACGAAAAGAAUAUCUUACUGGAUUUAGUAAACGAAAACAAGAAAGACGUCGAAAAGCCAACGAAAAAUUAAAAUUGAAAAUCAAAGAGGAAAAAAAACGAAUAAAACGAGAGGUCAAAAAUGAGUAUCUGCCGAUAUCUCACCGAGAUAUACCAGAAGUAGAAAAACUAUUAUCUCAAAAAGAAUACGAGACAGAAGGAAAGACUGUUAGUAUACUAGAACUUAAUUUAAAUGAUUUAACACGUAGUUCUAGUUGGAUAGGUGAUAAUGUACUCACUCAUGAUGAAAACUUGGAAAAUGAUGAUGCAGAUACUCUAUUUACAUCUAAUUGUCACGAUGACAAAGUAAUUUUGUCUAAGAAAGAAUUAUCAAGUGCUAUAAAAAAAACAUAUAAUCAGAAGAUUCUUUCAAGUAAAGUCUUUCAACGGAAACAAAGUUUAGAAAGAAAGAAGAAUAAACAUAAAUUUCAGGGUAAAGAAUCAUUGAAACAACGAGCAUUAAAAAAAAAUAAUAACAAAAAGAAAAAAAAAUCGACACGUAAGACAUAAAUAAAAUCAGUUGUUGUCUUAGAAAAAUUAUAUUUGCAUAUUAAAAUAAUUUAUUAUAUAAAAAAAAGUUUUUUCAGAAUAAAUGU